AUGGGCAGAGUCAAGGAAGAGGGGGAGGGUGUUGCAGUGUGCAUCAGCAAAUCUGUGCAUGUUAAACCCAUUGAUGUAGUCAUCACUGGUCUUCUUGAAAUUAUGUUCUUCAAAAUUGCCAUAAAUCCAGAUGAUCGUCUCAUACAAAGAGCAACGGCCGGAGUGUUGGAUGCUGUGUUGUCAACAGAUGAGCAUCAGCGCUGUUCUGUAUUCCUCAUCACAGACGCCGCCUCAUCACACCAAUCAGUUAUGGAUUUAACAAAGGUGUCAGGAGUGGGAGGAGGUGUGGGCGUCUUCAGGACAACAAUGGACGUCUUGGAUGGUAACGGUACACGCUGGCAGCUUCCUCAGCUGCUUCAUCACGCUAGGAAGGUGCGGCGGGAGUCGAGGUGCGUGACGGUGGUGGUGGUGAGUGACGACCUGGCCUUCCUGGCGGCCUUCGCCCAGUGGUCCCUCAACGAGCACCUGCUGGUGUGGUCGACGAGGCUCCUGGUCGUCACCGGCCGGCCCCUCCAGCACCUGCAGGUCCUCCACAGGCUGCUCUUCAUCACCAACUCCAUGCUGCUGAUUAUUGAAGACUCACUUGACAACUUCAGCUACAAUGUGUCCAUAUUAGGCCGUGGAAAAAUUUAUUUCAGGUCGUGGAAUUUUUCCAGAUAUGCAGCGUCACUGGCCGCUUGUGUCAUGAGGAGAGAAUUAUAG